AUGACCCGCGGCCCUCUCCGCCACGAGUCCCUCAUGGACCCGCACAUCUUCACUUCAAGCGGAGAGUACGUGCUCCCCGAGGCCGCGAUCAUCGCCAAAGGCAACUCUCUCUGGGCCGACGGCAAUGUGUCUCUUGACCACGUUCCCGACACCCGCAUGCCCGAGAUGGCUGCUACCGUCGCGGUCCAAGACGAAGAUGGCACCUGGCUGGCUGGUUUCAAACCAAAUGGAGACGAGUACUGCUCAUGCAUCCCCAACCGCCGCGACCCUCGUCGCUGUCCUCACUUAUGGGCAAUGAUCACCGCCGUACAGGCUCAGCGCUCAUUACCCAAAGUCACACCUCGCCCCUCCACGCCGGACGUGUUCCGCCCCUCCUCGCCCCUGUUCCACAUUCCCCGUCCCUUGGCUCUCACCCUCGUCGGCCCACAGAUCCUCCACCGAUCCAAGCCGGACACGCUUGGGCUAGGUGUGGUCGAGCUCCUCGCGCGCGCUGGCAGCUUUGUUCACGCCUUCCGUGCCGCUUUCGACAAGGUGUUUAUCGAGACCCUCACUCCGUCACUGCUAGCACAACUCUUUCGCUCAAUCAGCCGCGGAUUCUGGGUUGACUACGCCAACGUCUUCACUGCGCUCAAGGCCGACCACCUGCUCGACAAGAUGUCGCCCGAACCGACCGAGCUACUUCAGCGCAUCAUCACGCACUGCGACAGGUCGGCAGGUACUACCACUCUCCGCUCCCUCCUGCAGUGGGAAGCCGAAGCAUUCGUCCGGUGCACAAAGUGCAGCCUCCUUACCUUUGGACCAUCCGACUACCUGCGCUGGCGUGCGAGCGUGUACCCCGGCGCGGUGGCGACGAACAGGGAGGACCAUGACGCUGCACCAGCUCUGGACCAGCUCCUCGAUCUGUCCUUAUUUGACACGACUCACACUCACUGCAUUCGCUGCAAGACUCGCACACUGCAUGUCGUAAAGCACACGCCGCUCGUCUUGGGGCGUCUGCUCCUGAUUCGCAUCGUUCCCGAUGCUGAUCCGGGGUCGCUCUUCGUCCCUCACAGCUUUACGGACAGCGUACUGGGCCACAAGUGGAACCUCGUCGGCAUGCUCUCCGCGCACGGUGAGGGAUACAACACUAUCAUCGCCGAGGACAGUGAGCUUUUCGAACUCGUCGGAGGUAUGCGCCAGCCUCAUCCUUUGCGUGGGCUCCCCGCGCCACCCGUACUCGUACUGUAUGAGCGCCAGGAUGAGGGGGAGGGGGCCUCGAGCGAUUACGAGUGA